GGAGGGUAUUCCAUGGUAUAAAAGUGGUACGCUCGUCGUCGGUCAGGAUGUAUUCGGCUAUCGGCAGCUAGUGUGAUCGGUGUCGUCUAAUAGUGUUCUGUCUAGCGUGAACGUGAACCCGUUGCAAACAGUAUGAAAUCCAUCAGCUCAUCCGGACAUCUGGUCGCGGCUAGUCUGUUCCUAGUGGUGGCACUCUGUGCAGUGGUGCUUCCGGUCCCGGGCUCCUGUCAGGUGACGUUUUCACGCGACUGGAAUGCGGGAAAGCGUGCGAUGCCUGACUCGGCCAUUAACGGUGUGACCGAGUGUUCCGCCAUCUGGCGGUCGGUGAACAAUCUGUGCGCUGCGGUAACGAAAAACAUCCAACACUUGACGCUCUGCGAAACGCGCUCGCUGCUCAAAUCGCUGCAAACGGACGACUCGUCUAUGGAGAGCAACAGUGGGAACAACCUGCCCAUGUUUUCCAACAGCCAUAUCUAAGUUUAAAUCGAAUGUUUGAAAUGAUGGUGGAAAAAAGACUAACGUCGUGUUUUAUCUAUGGUAGUUUAUAGCGUCAGUUUGCAAAUGGGACAUUUUGACUUACUUACUUUAUUCUUAAAACUAUUAUCCAAGAACUAAUUCCUCUCCUCCCGUACACCUUAAAUAUUAACUCCAAUAAAAUCAAUCAGAAUCCCUACUUAUUUGUUGCUUCAAAAGAAAAAAAGCUUCUGAUAGCACCUUUAACCCAGCAUCAAGUCCACUAACAGUCCCAUUGCAUUCACAGUUUAGCAUACAAAUAUCGUACCGUGUAAUGUAAAGAUGAAACACAAGAUCAGAGCAAGCAACAAAAAAAAAUCAAUAAAAAAGUAAAAUAAAAACAGCAAGAAUAAUAAACGUUUCAAAAAACAGAA